UGUUUUUUCCUGAAAUGAUGAAGGGUAAAAUAAUACGCAAUUUAGAGUGCAAAGAUCAGAAGAGGUUAUUGAGGCCGCAGAUAAUAUAUGCAGAAAUCAGGUCGUCGCCUCUUCGGCUUCAAACACAAACAAGAUUCAAAUGUCUCUCAAGCUUUAACUUACUCCAGAUCUGAGGCUGGGAGUGUAACCAGAGAAUUUUCCAACACAUUCUUCAGUUGCUUCAUCCCUCGCACAAAGAAAGUUAUACAAGGAGCCAAUCAAAAGAAUCAUAGCAUCCAAACAGGCUCAGAGACAUCAAUAACUAGCAGCAACUCUGGUUCAAUUUUGAAGCGUCGAGGUUUAAAAAGCUCAAGCACAUAUGAAACUUGUGCACAAGAAGCACAAUUAUCAAUAGCUGAAAUUUUCAGGGCCACCUGCAAUUUCUCUCAGGACAAUGUGGUAGGACAAGGAGGAUUUGGAACUGUUUACAAGGGAAAGCUAAUGGAUGGAUCUCUCGUUGCUGUGAAGCGUGCCACAAAGAACAUACAAAAGAAGGGUGUUUCAUCAGAGUUCAGGAGUGAGAUAGGAACUCUGUCAAAGAUAGAGCAUCAAAACUUGGUAAGAUUCCUCGGAUGUGUGGAGGAUAAUGAAGAACAGAUUGUUGUCACUGAAUAUGUUGGAAAUGGAACACUGCGGGAGCAUUUGGAUGACACGCGAGGAUGUAAACUGGAGCUUGAGCAGCGGCUUCACAUUGCAAUUGAUGUAUCUCAUGCAAUCACCUAUCUGCACACGUACACAGACCACCCGAUCAUCCACAGAGACAUAAAAUCAUCAAACAUCCUCCUAACAGAGAAUCUCAGGGCCAAGGUGGCUGAUUUCGGCUUCGCCCGGCUGGCGGCGGAAGAUCCAGAUGCCACCCACAUUUCAACACAGAUCAAGGGCACUGCGGGCUACUUGGACCCCGAGUACAUUCUCACCUACCAACUGACCGAGAAAAGCGAUGUCUACUCCUUCGGCGUCUUACUAAUCGAGCUCAUCACCGGUCGCCAACCAAUCGAGCGUGGCCUCAAUCUCAACAAGGACAGAAACACCACUCGAUGGCAGGCAAUGCAGAAGUUUCGACAAGGGGAAGUGGUUAUCGCAAUGGAUCAACGGCUGAGAAGAAGCCCAGCGUCGAUCGGAGCGGUGAAUGAGGUGAUGGGUUUGGCGUGCUCCUGUCUGGCGUCACCAAGAAAUUCGCGGCCGUCGAUGAAGCGCUGUGCCGAGCUUCUGUGGGGGAUUCGCCGUGACUUCCACGCUGCGCAGCUUGCCGCCGCAGCUUCUCGGCCAGCCGCCGGAUAGCUUGCUCGUCACAUUAUCAUUCCCUCUGUACAAUUCGCUCGCAGAAUAUUAAAACAAUGCUUAUUCACUGUAUCUAUUUACUUAACAUACCCCACAAUUUUUAUAUAUUUACAAAC